CCCCUGGUCGUGGUGCGGUGCCUCCUGGACGUCCUCACCACCUCCACUCUGACUCCCACUCAGCAUCUGGAGCAGAAACAAGCUCUGGCUCGUCAGUUCGCUCACAUCCUUCACUUCACGCUGCGCUUCGACGAGCUCAAGGUCUGCUCACCAUCUCGUAUCCAUGUGAACAACGAGCUGGCCAAUCGGAUGUCUCUGUUCUACGCCAGCGCCACGCCGAUGCUGAAGACGCUCAGCGACGCCACGUCAAAGUUCGUCUCUGACAAUGUGGACGUCCCGAUAGAAAACACGACCGACUGUCUGAGCACGAUGGCCAGCGUGUGCAAAGUGAUGCUGGAAACACCAGAGUACCGCAGCCGCUUCGCCAGCGAGGAGACGGUGCUGUUCUGCCUCCGCGUGAUGGUCGGCGUCAUCAUCCUGUACGACCACGUUCACCCGGCCGGAGCCUUCGUCAAGACCUGCAACAUAGACAUGAAAGGCUGCAUCAGAGUUCUGAAGGAGCAGCCGCCCAGCAGUGUGGAGGGAUUACUCAACGCUCUCAGGUAUACGACCAAACACCUGAACGACGAGGCCACGUCCAAGCAGAUCAAAAACAUGCUGCAGCCCAAUUAACAGA